AUGAGCGCCUACCCUCCCUGGACAGCCGCGGGAGGGGAUCCACUCGGACGUAAGCGUGCGUUUGGGGAGGUGGAGGACCCCGCGGCGGUGGAGAUGGGAGCGGAGGACGGGCGCGGGAAGAGGGUGUCGUCGGGAAUGGGAGGGGGGGAGCAGGGACUGGCGGAGCUUGGACAGGCCGGGGUUGGGCAGCAGCAGCAACAACAGCUGUAUCAGCACCCGCCUGCGUAUCACCAGCAGUCUAACGCGCCUCCCGCUCCCGACUCGUUCGGCCAGACACAACCGCAACUCUCAACACUCGCCUCCCCUUCCUUUCCCGCUCCUUCGCUCCCACAUCAAUCCUACCCGUGGCACCCACAACCCCUCCAACGCCCGACCCUCCCUCACGCAUCCGCCUCGUUUCCCGCGCAAUAUCACCCCGACUCGCGCUCGCAUUCUCCUGCUUCGUUCGCCGCCGCACCGAGUCAGUCGCAACAGCCUCCGACGUAUCAGGUCAACAUUCAUCAACACCUUGCCGUCCCUCCUCCUCCCCCUGCCCCUCAGCCCGCUUCUCCUCACCCUCUUUCGCACGCUCAACAAGCGCAGUACUUCCCCACCCCGUCGACCUCGACUUCUCAGCGCGCAACAUCGGCUGCUCCGUCGCUCCCUUCAACCGCCGUCGGGUUUGGAGGGGUGACGGGAUCGUGGAUGUCGCAGCGUCUCGAGGCGGGACAGGGACAAGGAGGGACGUAUGGCCAGCAGCAGCAGGGGUGGCAUCAGCAACAGCAUGAGGCGAGGCCUGCGAUGGUGGGGAGGGCCAACACGGCGCCUCAGCAGGCGAGUCAGGCUCAGGCGGGAGAGGCGGCGGCGGCCGGAACGGGGUACCGCUAUCCUCCCCCUCUGCCUUCUUACCAUCCCACGACGUACGCGUCGACAUCCGCUGACCACCUACAGCAACAGUCGCUCGCCGUCCCUCCCGUUCCAUCUACCUCGACGUCGACCUCCGCGUCGUACUAUCCCGUGCCGACGACGGCGGGAGGUGCGAUGUACCCUUCGCAUGCGCUGCAGACGGGCGGAUACGACUACGGACAGGUUGCGGGACAGUACGCGCAGGCGAACGAGCAGGAGUUCCCGAGGAGGUUGGCGGCGUUGAGGGCGCAGACGUCGCCGUUCCAGUACAACGUCCCGCUCGUUGGCGCGCCUUCGUACCCUCCUCCUCCACCGCAGCAACAGCAACCGUAUCCCUCGCCCGCCUCGACGCACUUUCCCUACUCGCACCUCGCCGCCUCGCCUUCCUCUUCCUCCUCCUCCACCCACUCGACCCCCGCCACCGCCACCGGCCUCCCAAUCCUCCCCCAGACCCUCCCAGCUCUCCAACAAGCCUCGACCGAACGCGCGCUCCACCGCGCCCGUCCCCCCGUACUCGCUUUCAAUCCCGCUCGCGAGCCCGCGUCGGGUCACAAACAGAAAGUCCAUACGGCGUAUGGCGUCACCUAUGCCGUGUCGAGCUCGGGGACGAGUAAAGGAAAGGCCAAGUCUGCCGAACUCAGCGCGACGUGUUGGACUUGUUCGCUCGUCAGGGCGAAAAUCAUCCUCCGCGGUCACGACUUGACGGGGUGGACGCCGAGGUUGAGCUUCACGUGUCUCGAUUGCUUGCCGGUUGAGGAACAGGGCAGGGAGGUCGAUCCGGAUGGGGACGAGAGGAGGGAGAGGUUGGCGCAGCGCGCGUACGAGGCGGAUCAGGACGAUGCGAGGAGGGCCGACGGGUCGAGUCCGACGAACGUGUCGGUUGCGCAGGUCGGAGGGAUGGGGCUGCCGGCGCCGACGGAACAUGAUCGUGCGACGUUCGAGGAUACGUUUUCGGGCGCGGUCGAUGCGCUGGAAGGUGGACCGGCGGCGGCGGCGCGCGGGACUUUGACGAGCGCGGCGGACCCUUCUUCCGCUCCCUCGACCUCGACCUCUGCCGCGACUGCGACUGCGACGUCCCAACACUCGCGCCUCCUCCUCCCGCCCGAAGAGACCUCGCGCGGCCUCUCCGACACGAUCAAACGCCAAGCCUUGACCUGCGACGUCUGCGACCGCGUCAUCGGAGCCGGAAACGUCACCACCCUCGCGCCGCAGGACUCGACUCCGCCGCCUUUCACCGUCGAGGUCAUUUGCAGGACGUGCGAGGAAAAGUACAAGCCUUGUUCGGAUUGUGGAGGCGGUGGGGGGAGGUUGACGCCUGGAAGGUGGAGGUGUAAAGAACUCUUCCCCGCUGGGAGGCGGACUUGCACGCUUAGCCAUGCCCGCAAUCCGCCGCUCUCUGACAUCGACUACGACGUCCUCCGCAUCACCGAGAUCGAUUCGGCCAAGCUCGACGCGCUCGAAGCCCGCUGCCGCCUCGUCUACUGGAACACGCGCUUGCGCACUCAAGCCCGUCCCGAGAUGCUCGAGCGCGGCGACGGACUCGCGACGACCUACGCGCAGUGCGAGAAGCUCACGGUCGAUGGGUGGAGCCUCCUCAAGCCCAUGAUGAGCGUCGAUGUUGAGGCCACCCGUGGGUUUAGGAGGUACAUCAGUCUGCAGACGAGCACGCCGCAUCGGAGGAGGGCGAAACCGAAGCCUGGCGCGCCGCCCAAGCCGGAACCGGUCGAGCAACAGGACCCGGUCGAGAAGGAGGUCUCGGGCUUCUUGCUCGUCGAGCACGACAUGCGCAACGGCGCCAUCUUUAUCGCCGUCACGAUGCCUUGGGCCAUCUCGGGCGACGCCUUCGACGCGACGACCAUCCUGAUCGACGAGACGAUCAAGCGCAUCAAGACUGACAUUCGCCACGAGAACGCCAUCCGCCGCGAGCACAGGCAGGAGCUCUUGCCUGAGCCGUGGUGUCUCUGGGGCGUCACGCCGUUCAAGGCCGACUCGCGCAUGUCGCAGAGCUUGACCCGCAGGUCGUUCGUCUUCCUCGAGGAGUACCUCAAGGAGCAUCCGGACCUCGACCUCAGCAUCUUCCCGCCCCAGCGUCCGAUUCACAUCCCGAACGAAUUCGUCAAGACGUUCAAGAUCUUCCUUCGCGACGUGACAGACGACGAUGGCGGCGAAGGUGGACCGCCUCCUCCCGCGGACGCCAAGCGCCAGCCGAAGCAGCGUGCGAGGAAGCUCAAGGCCACGCAGCGCUAA